AUGCCUGAUCUACAUUAUCCCACCGCAUCUCCCGCGAUGGUAAAUGAUAUUAUGGACAAGCUUUUAGUACUCUCACUGGAUGACUACAACGACACUGUUAGGGUCAUCGUAGGAAGUGGUAAAAGGCAAGUCCAAGUUGAGUGUGCAGCAAAAGUCUUGGGGUUACAAUCAGAAUUCUUCCGCGUGAAAGCCGAAUUUGAUUCGUUCUUACCUCACGCAAACCACCAACGUCCCGUCAUUGAUCUCUCCGAACAAAAUGUCGAUGCUAUGAGUAUGUUUUUCGUGUGGAACACAACCGGAAACAUCUAUUCCGCCAAACGACUCUCCACAAUCACAGUGCCCAGUGAUGGGACAAAAACCACAAAAGAACUAGAUGGGUACAGAAUACUAUGGGAUCAGCUUUUGGAAUGCUAUUUCUUGGCAGAUUACCUGGGAGCUCCUAACUUCGGGAAUGCCAUUAUAGAUGCUUUGUUCAAGGCUAUCAAUGACGAAGCGGAUGAUCGUGCAAGACUCGAAGUAAAGCCUGAAGAGAAAGAUUUUGUCCAUUCAUUGGCACCGACGCCUGAGGUCAAUAACGGAAACGACGAUAACGACGAUGAAGAUGAUGAUAACGAAACUGUUGACGAUGAUGAUGACCAAGAACGGGGAGGUUUGUCGGACCCUUUUGAGGAGAGAGUGCCCCAAAAAGAGAUUAGGCAGAUGCUUGGUACUUUGCCCUACCAGAUUCAGCGAAUGUACUCAAAGACCAAAAAGGGAUCACCGCUCCGAAAGAUGCUUGUAGAUAAGAUCAUCAAUCAAGCCAUUACUAUUGAUCUCUACGAAAAACUACAAUGUAUCGUCGCGGAGGGUGUUCCAAUAGAAUUCCAUCGAACCUUGGUGGAUGAAUUGAUGCGCACUGCAGUCAUAGUCGUUCAUUGUGAUCAAGGUGGACCUUAUCGUCGUAGAGCGGACGAGCGAUCCAGAGACAAUUACCUCUAUCACAUACAUAAAGUGGGAGAGAGGUGCAUCUGA